AUGUCAAGGGAUCUUUUAUUAACAUCUCUUUUCUUCAUGUCAGUUGCUUUCAGCAGCAUCAUCAAUGAUCCCUGUUACAACUAUGAGUCUCUGGAUCGUCCCUGGAGAGCAACAACAACAACAGAAAGUGGAUUCUACAUUUGUGAUGAAACUUUCUCUUGGAAUGGCUGGUACAGACUUUAUCAUUAUGGGAUGAACAUCCAAAUGGCAGAGAGUUGUGUUAAUGCAUAUAGCUGUAAUGCAGGCCUGAGUCUGUCACUCAAUGGUCCUCAUCCUCAGAUAGAAGAUGGGGUGGUGACCCGUGAGGUCUGUGGGUCAACUUAUUGGGGUUGCUGUAAUGUGAUGUCAGAACCCAUCAGAGUUAAAGCCUGUCCAGGAGAUUACUUUGUCUAUGAGCUCGUGAAACCAAUAGACUGGUGUUCAGGAUACUGCACAGACGUCAGCACUGCAUCACAGAUCGAUUUUACAACUUCAGCUGUGAUUCCUGGAUCAAGCUUCACAUUGGGUGAUCCAUGCUCAAGCUACAACAUACUGGAUGAGUACUGGAGAGACACACAGGAUUACUGGUAUUGGUAUGGAUGGAUAGGUGGACAUGAUGACACCAUUGAAAAAUGGGACGGCUGGUAUCGACUCUUCAUCAAUGGAUCAAGUGCUCAGAUGCCUGACUGGUGUGUUCCUUAUAUGUCAUGUGGAGGUUUCAUUUCUUUGUGGCUUGCUGGUUCUCAUCCUGGAGUAGAAGAUGGAGUUGUUACUCGUGAAGUCUACGGCUCUUAUUAUGAUCAGUGCAGUCGUUUCACAUCAAACCCAAUCCAAGUCAAAGCUUGUCCUGGAGAUUAUUAUGUCUACAAAUUCACCAGACCAAACGUAGAGAUCCCACUUCCUACAUAUUGUGCAGUUGUUUUCAGCACUCCAAGCGUCGACCCCUGUGACAACUACACCAGUCUGGAUGAACCCUGGAGAUCCACUGAUAACUCUAUAUAUAACUAUUACUACUACACCAUGUGUGAUUAUAAUGUCAAUUGGAACGGCUGGUACAGACUUUUCCUCAAUGGUCAGAGUGCUCAGAUGCCAGAAUCAUGUGCCGGUUGGGGGAUGUGUGGCACUUAUUACCCAAUGUUCCUCAAAGAUCCUCAUCCACAGCUGGAAGAUGGAGUGGUUAGACGACAUGUCUGUAUGUCCACCGAGAACGGCUGCUGUGGUUAUGAAUCUCAUCCCAUACAAGUCAAAGCCUGUCCUGGAAAUUACUACGUUUAUGAGUUUGUCAAACCACUGUACUGUGCUGCUUACUGUGCAGGUAGAUAA